AUGUCGGGAUUGGAAUCGAUUUCGAUAUUUAGAAUCGAUUUGAGAAUCGAUUUAAUCGCGAUUAUCGUUUCUCCAAGAUUCGACUCUAAGAUUCAACUUUCAAUUUCGACUAAUCGAAUAUGA